AUGAAUAUUUCAUUCAAUUUCGACGGCAAAGUAGUGUUAAUUACGGGCGCCGGCAGUGGUAUCGGCGCCCAAACGGCCGCACAGUUCGCCAGAGCGGGCGCUCAGGUAGUCAUCAGCGGUCGCGACGGGAAUAGUGUGAGAAAAGUGGCCAAAAAGUGCGAUUCCGUGUCACCGGGAGGUCUGCGAGCGGUGGUAGUCGUGGCAGACCUUACCUCCGAAGUGGACUGCUUUCGGGCUAUUGAGACAACUGUCCUAUCGGUGGGCAAACUACACGUUUUGGUGCACAACUCGGAUAUGGUGUGGCAGUCGUGUCAGAUAAAUGACCCCAAGUUUGUCGACAAUUAUAAGCAUAUUAUGGAAACCAAUUUGAAUUCAUUCGUAUAUUUGACGCACUAUUCAGUCAAGUAUUUGAUGCAAACGACGGGCAAUAUUGUGAACAACACUAGUAUUGUGGAUAUUGUGUCGAGUCCCCUAAACUCGCCCAACUGUAUGGCCAAGAGUGCGCUGAAUGUGUUCACGCAAUACCUGUCCACUCAAUUGCAAUCAAAGGGCGUUCGCGUCAAUUCAAUUAACCCUGGUGGUUCCCAAAACAAUGUUCACCUGUACACCAGCAUUGAGGCCAUGAUGAACAGCACAUACACUCAACUCCGUAAUGUAUCGAAAACGGCUGUCCCCGUAGAUGAUAUAGUGAACGGCAUACUAUACCUGGCCAGUGACCAAGCUACCAUGGUGAACGGGUUCAAUUUUGUGGCCAACUGUUGCUGCUGCCGGUGCUUUUCCGACGAGCUCCGGGCCUUUUACUACAUAAAUAGUAGCAAUAAUAGCGGGAAAUGUAGUAAAUUUUUCUGA